AAACGAGGAAACAAGAUGGAUUCACUAAAGUUCUCUUGUUCCAUCUGUCUGGAUCUACUGAAGGAUCCGGUGACGAUUCCCUGUGGACACAACUACUGCAUGAACUGUAUUAAAACAUGCUGGGAUGAGGAGGAUCACAGAGGAGUCCACAGCUGUCCUCUGUGCAGAGAAACCUUCAUGACGAGACCCGUCCUGGUGAGAAAAAGCAUGUUAGCAGAGUUAGUGGAGGAUCUGAAGAAGACUGGACUCCAAGCUGCUCCUGCUGAUCUCUGCUAUGCUGGACCUGAAGAUGUGACCUGUGAUUUCUGCACUGGGAGGAAGGUGAAAGCUGUCAAGUCCUGUCUGGUCUGUCUAGUUUCUUAUUGUGAGAAACAUCUCCAACCUCACUAUGAUGUAGCUCAGCUGAAGAAACACCAGCUGGUGGAUCCCUCCAAGAACCUGCAGGAGAACAUCUGCUCUCUCCACGAUGAGGUGAUGAAGAUCUUCUGUCGUACUGAUCAGCAGAGUAUCUGUUAUCUGUGUACGAUGGAUGAACAUAAAGGUCAUGAAACAGUCUCAGCUGCAGCAGAAAGAUGUGAGAAGCAGAAGGAGCUGGAGGAGAGUCGACAACAAAUCCAGCAGAGAAUCCAGGACCGAGAGAAAGACGUGGAGCUGCUUCAGCAGGAGGUGAAAGACAUCAAUGUCUCUGCUGAUAAAGCCGUGGAGGACAGUGAGAAGAGCUUCAACGAGGUGAUCCGUCUCCUCCAGAAAAGAAGCUCUGAUGUGAAGCAGCAGGUCAGAUCCCAGCAGGAACACGAAGUGAGUCGAGUCAAAGAUCUUCAGGAGAAACUGCGGCAGGAGAUCACUGACCUGAAGAGGAGAGACACUGAGCUGGAGCAGCUCUCAGACACCGAGAACCACAACCAGUUCCUCCACAACUACCCCUCACCGUCACCCCUCAGUGGCUCCACACUCUCAUCCAGCAUCCAGAUUCGUCCUCUCAGGUACUUUGAGGACGUGACAGCAGCUGUGUCAGAGACCAGAGAGAAACUACAGGACCUUCUGAGAGAGACGUGGACAAACAUGUCACUGUCAGUGGCUGAAGUGGAUGUUUUACUGUCUGAACCAGAACCAGAACCAGAACCAAAGACCAGAGAUGGGUUCUUGAAAUAUUCAAGAAAGAUCACUCUGGAUCAAAACACUGCAAACAACUUUUUGGUUUUAUCACACGGGGAGAGAAAAGUAACAGUUCAAAGAGGUAACAAACAGCACCCUCGGCAUCCAGACAGAUUCAUUCAUAUAUCUCAGGUUCUGGGCAAAAACCCACUGACAGGGUGUUGUUACUGGGAGGUGGAAAGAAGUGGGCACGUUGGAGUCGCCGUUGCUUAUGAGACAAUUGGCAGAUCUGGAGACUUUAAUGCACACGUGUUUGGAUACAAUGACAAGUCUUGGGUUUUACACUGCAACAAUAAUUUUAGUUUCAGGCAUGACAACAUCGCAACCUCCGUCUCGGGUCCUGCUUCAUCCAGAGUUGGAGUUUACCUGGACCACGGAGCUGGUCUUCUGUCCUUCUACAGCGUCUCUGAGACCAUGACCCUCCUCCACAGAGUCCAGACCUCCUUCACCCAGCCGCUCUAUGCUGGAUUUUUUCUUGGAGGUCCUGAUGGAGACUGUGCUGAGUUCUGUUAGUUUAUUUAGUAGCAUUUAAAUCUUUAUAUGAAAUAUAAAGACUUGCUUGAGAGAAGGCAUAUUUGUCUGAAGGGACCGCCAUCUCUAAAACUUUUUUCAUGAACAAAGUGAAUCAUAAUUUAAUUUUUCAUUGGCA